AUGAAGACCAACCUACUCUCAGCCUGGCGUCGGACCGCAUCCAGCUUGACCAAAGAGGCCGGCGACAUCAGUUCUGUCUUCCCCUCACUCUCAGGCAAGAAGCCUGAUCCUCUACCGCCACGAUUCAGUGAUUUGAAAAAAUCACUGAUCAAGGGGAAUGAGGACGCCGUCACUGCAUCGUGGCAUAGGCUCCUCUCGAGCUUGAAGAAGGAAAUUGGCGAGAUCAGGUCCGAGGGUAGCAAUAUCAUACCGAGUAUUGAAUAUCGAGAUGUUGUCGCAGGAACAGUCCCCCGGCCGAAGCUUGAUGCGGUCCGACAUCGUGGCACAGCGGUCAUUCGCAACGUCCUCCCCAAGGAGGAGGCCUUGGAUCUCAAACAACGGGUUGAAGAGUACAUUGCUGCCAACAAAUCAAAGGUCAGGGCAUUUCCGCCCGACGAUCCAGCAGUGUACGAAUUAUAUUGGACACCAUCUCAGGUCCAUGCGCGAGCUCAUCCAAAUAUGCUCACGGCGCAAUCAUUUCUCGCGUCCUUCUGGCAUUCCUCAGACCCAUCGUCUGAGAUCUCAACCACUUACCCUUUGUCGUAUGCUGAUCGAUUCCGCAUUCGACAACCAGGUGAUUCCAAAUUCGCCCUAGGUCCACAUACGGAUGGAGGAAGUCUCGAGCGAUGGGAGGACCCCGAAUAUUCUCGGGUGUAUCAGUCCAUUCUCAAAGGGAAAUGGGAAGACUAUGAUCCAUUCGACGCCCGUCACCGUAUCACGGCCAGAAUGGACUUGUAUAAUGGUGCAGGAGCUUGCAGUAUGUUUCGACUUUUUCAAGGGUGGCUGUCCAUGUCGUCGACGAGCCCUGGCGAAGGGACGUUGAAAGUGUGUCCAUUGAUCCGACAUGCAACAUCGUAUUUGAUGUUGCGGCCUUUUUUCAAUACAGACACUGGAAAGCUCCACCUCGAUGCCGCAUUUCCUAACUCUGUGCCGGGGGCGUGCCAGGAAUAUAACUCUCUGACACACCCAGACCUCGAGCUGGAAACCACAAUGGUAAGCAUACCCCAUGUUGAGCCAGGUGAUUAUGUGGCCUGGCAUUGCGACACCAUCCACGCCGUGGAUAAGAAGCACCAUGGAAAUGGUGACAGCAGUGUCUUGUACAUUCCUGCUUGCGCCAUGACCCGAUCAAACGUGGAAUAUUUAAAUAGGCAACGCAUGAGUGCCCUAAAAUAUAGUCCACCACCCGACUUUCCAGGUGCUGGAGGCGAUGGUGAGGCUGGGUUUAACGGCGCGGUUGAUUGGGGCAAGAUCAACGACGAGGGAAAACGAGCUAUGGGAUUGGGAAUUCGUUGGUGGGAUCUCAACCAGGACAUGAGCGAAGGAGAACGAAAAGCUAUCCAAGAAGGGAACAGGGCAUUGUUUGGAUGA